GGUCUCUGCGGCUUCGACGGGCUGCGGCCAUGGAGACGGCGGACAAGGAGUGCGGCGCGCUGGGCGGCCUCUUCCAAGCCAUCGUCAACGACAUGAAGAGUUCCUACCCUAUCUGGGAAGAUUUCAAUUCCAAGGCAACUAAACUCCAUUCCCAACUUCGGACCACGGUACUGGCUGCAGUAGCCUUCCUGGAUGCCUUUCAGAAAGUAGCAGACAUGGCCACCAACACACGAGGAGCCACGAGGGACAUCGGCUCGGCACUGACCCGCAUGUGCAUGCGGCACCGCAGCAUCGAGGCCAAACUGAGGCAAUUUACCAAUGCCCUGAUGGAGAGUCUGAUUAACCCCCUGCAGGACAGGAUUGAGGACUGGAAGAAAACUGCUAACCAACUUGACAAAGACCACGCAAAAGAAUACAAACGAGCGCGGCAUGAGAUAAAGAAGAAGUCCUCUGACACGCUGAAGCUUCAGAAGAAAGCCCGGAAAGGUAAGGGGGACCUGCAGCCUCAGCUCGACAAUGCGCUCCAGGAUGUCAACGACAUGUACCUCCUCUUGGAGGAAACGGAGAAGCAGGCUGUCCGCAAGGCACUCGUUGAGGAGCGGGGACGGUUCUGCACCUUCAUUGCUUACUUGCAGCCUGUGGUGAAUGGAGAGAUCACCAUGCUAGGAGAGAUCACCCACCUGCAGGGCAUCAUUGACGAUCUGGUGGUGCUGACUGCUGACCCUCACAAACUGCCAUCAGCCAGUGAGCAGGUGAUCAAAGAUUUGAAGGGCUCCGAUUACAGCUGGUCUUACCAGACCCCACCAUCCUCCCCAAGCAGCUCUGGGUCCCGCAAGUCCAGCAUGUGCAGCCUGGCACAGCCAGCAAACGCCAACACCCGCCUGUCCAGCGUCUCCUCGCACGACUCCGGCUUCAUCUCCCAGGAUGCCGUGUUCUCCAAGCCACCUUCACCGAUGCCCUCGGACAUCACCAGUCAGAAGUCCUCCAGCUCCGCAUCGUCCGAGGCAUCUGAGACCUGCCAGUCUGUUAGCGAAUGCAACUCCCCGACCUCGUGGAAACCUCUGAAUGUAGCUCAUGUGCCCAGGACUGAAGGAAGCUCCAGAAGAAGCCUUAGCCUGGAUUGGUCUAAGGCCAGCCUCUAUGAGCAGCCGGUGGCAAAUACACUGCAGCGAAGAAAAGACCGUGUCGAGCACCUCCGCGAGGCAGAACUGGGCGCCACCACGAUGGUGUAUCCGGGCAUUAGUCUGGAGGAAGGCUCCAGGCCUCGUAUGUCCCCAGCCUCCAUCGCUGCCAAGCACGGGGAGGAGGUGUCCCCAGCUGCCAGUGACCUGGCGAUGGUGCUGACCCGCGGCCUGAGCCUGGAGCACCAGAAGAGCAGCCGGGACUCGCUGCAAUACUCCAGUGGCUACAGCACGCAGACCACCACGCCUUCCUGUUCGGAGGACACCAUCCCCUCUCAAGGCUCAGACUACGACUGCUACUCUGUGAACGGCGACGCCGAAGGAGAGGUCCAGAGUGAGUUUGACAAGUCCUCCACCAUCCCUCGCAAUAGCAACAUUGCCCAGAACUACCGGCGCAUGAUCCAGACCAAGCGACCUGCUUCCACCGCCGGUUUGCCGACUGGCACUACCUUGCCAGCUGGUACUACGCCAGGUGUGGCCACCAUCCGCCGCACUCCUUCUACCAAGCCCACAGUGCGCCGAACCCUUUCCAGUGCUGGCCCUAUUCCCAUCAGACCCCCCAUCGUCCCUGUCAAGACCCCCACAGUGCCUGACUCCCCUGGCUACACCGGCCCUAUGCGGGUGGGCAGUGAGGAAUGCGUGUUCUAUGCCGACGAUGCCUCGCCAAGCGCUCUAGACUUUGCGAAAGCCUCGCCCAAGAGGCUGAGCCUGCCCAACACUGCCUGGGGCAGCAACGUCAUGGAGAUCUCGGUCUACGCGGGGAGCGGGAAGCACCUCUCCACUGAAGAGGAGCAGCAGCAGCUGGCCGCCAACCGGCAUAGCCUGGUGGAGAAGAUUGGCGAGCUGGUGGCCAGUGCCCACGCCCUGGCAGAGGGCCAGUUUCCCUUCCCCGCCACAGCGCUGUCGGCCCCCGGCCCUGGGGAAGAGACUGCCACGCCUCUCCCCACGGCUUCCAGCGACCCUCCGGCCGAAGACAUGCUGGUCGCCAUCCGGCGUGGGGUGCGCCUUCGCAGGACCAUCACCAACGACAGAUCAGCACCGCGAUUUUUGUGAUGAACUCUUCCCAGCUGCCUACUCGAUGCCCCCUUGCAGUUAGAGCGGAACCCCGGAGUCAGAACAGAGUCAGGAAAAGUAGAAUUAAUGAACCGAAAAAGGCAAAGCCACUUUAUGGAGAUUGCGUCGGAGUCUAGAUGUAAAAGAAGACUAAACACCACACCUUUGCUAACCCACUCGAAAGGGCACAGCUUGGAACUGGACUGGUUUGGGGGCCUAUUUUAUACCUGGUUUUCUCCUGCCAUCGUACCCAGUUCCUUUCUCUUCUGCACCUGCCCUCUUCCUGCCCUCUAGAGAUCAGUUGUAGCCACACCCCCAUGCUAGAGGCUGACCCUGCUAUGUGCUGUCAGGGAGGAGCAAAAAAAACCUGGACUGGAUUUAGCAGCCACAUCCUUAAUCUAAACCACCAACAGAUCACAACACACAACAGAGAAAUGCAGGCUGCUUUCUCCUACAGAAAUGCUCACUUCUAGGGACAGAAAAUGUACUGUUAGUCUUGUGUUGAACCCUUCCCACUCCUCCGUCGUUUUCUCUCCCAGUCUUUUCUGUAUUGAUAGCAUCUGUUUGUAUCAGCUGUUCUAAAAAAGACCUCACAAGCGGUCGCAUCAUUGUGAACAAUCCCAGAAAAUCUGGUCCUGUUGUCAGCUGGAUCCCUCAUGCAGUUAGACAGUAGGUUAUGAAAGGAACUGUGAAUGGGAGGUGUACAGGUGCCUGCUUAUCAAGUGGGAGGUGUAGAUGUUUCCUCCCAAGGGCACCAUCCCCAAAUAUGGGGCUUCUUCUCUUCCUGUGUUGUCAUGGGCACAGGCCUUGUGAAAGCCCCAUGGGAGCGUGAGGGGCGGCUCAUGUUGGCUGUAAAGACACAUUGCUUGCCCCAAGUUCAUCGGUGGAUAAGCAAGAGUGCUGCCAUUGACAAAGCAAUGGCCAAGGUGGUGUGUGUGUGUGUGUAUGUGUGUGUAGAGCGAGCGAGAGGUGUGUGUGUGUGUGUAUGUAUGUAUGUAUGUAUGUAUGUAUGUACCAGGAUUGGCCAGAUAGCACUAUAGAGGUGUGGCUUUAUCAUGCUAUGGGGUUGAGGGGCCAUAGGGAUGAGACAAGAGGCUUCUGUGUAAAUGGAAGUGAGUGAGUGGGUGGGUGGGUGGCGCUGGCAAUUGAUGGCCCAGUGGAGUUGCGAAGAGUGCGAAGGUACCUGGUUGAGCCUGCCCAUUCUUCUGUUCUUCUAAGUAUCUUCAAGGUGGCCGGUUCUCAAAUGGUGAUGCUCCCAAGUUCUUGUGUAUUGGGUGUGAUGGAAAGGGCCAGUGCUCAGUGGUGACGUGCCUGCUUGGCAUGCAGAAGGGCCCAGGAUUAACCCCCACCACCACCACAGCAUCUCCAGGUGGAACAAGGAAGGAACCCUGAUUGAUACUCUGGAGAGCUAUUGCACCCAUUGUGUCAACUGGAAUUCCGUCUACUGGAAGACUAAGCCAAAUGGGGGGUUGUGUGUGUUGGGGGGGACUUCUAUUAAUAUUUUUUGGAGCAACCCAAACCUUCUGUUGAUACUUUGGGGGAUACUUUGCACAGUGAGGUAAUCUGCCUAGCUGACUCAUGUGAUGGAUACAGGAAGCAUUAUUCUCAUGCUUGGUUGGUUGGCCUUGUGACAUUGUCCUUCACCAGAUCUGAUUGGCUGGGUAGAGCACGCAUCCCAUUCACUACUUUUCCCUGAUGAGCGAAGCUUGGCCAAGUGAUUACUGCAUCUUUUGUUCAUGUUUUAAGAGAAAAAUCAAUGUUGAAGGAGCAGCAGAGGGGAGAAAUAAUGGCAGCAAACAGACUGGAAAGACUUGGAAAUAUUUCAACUCCCGUGAAAGUCCUAUUUUUGGCCUCCAACUCUACAGGAGCCCCAAUUUAAGACCCCUCCCUGUCACUUUUGUUUUAUCUUGUCUUGGGAACGUGUCAGGUGGAACUUUGGUGUAUAGUGCAACCAGUCAAAUGUUGAGAGACAUCGACCCAAAUUGAAAGCAAUGGAACAAAAGUUUUGUUGUCUUGCUGACAAUAAAAGGGCUAAACCUAGUAAGGCUGUAGUCAGACAAGGCUCUUGAUUGUGCUAAACCAUGUGAGCUACUUGCUUGAAUCAGAGAGAUCACAUGAAGCGCGGUGCCUCUUCUCAGCCUAGGUGUACUCAAAGGGCUGGCCCUGCUGCUGCUCCGUUUUCUCAUGGGCUGCUACAGUAAAUGCUGCCAAUAGGUUGUGAUGCCGAUGGCAAAGCCUGUGCCAACCUCGGUUCAGCUUGCGCUUCCGUGUUUGGAAUUGUAAAGUUUGUGCUCUGCAAAAGUGUCUUUAGGGCUAGCAGGUCACAUGGCCAAAAACAGCACUGCGCCUUUUAUCCCAAGCAGCUAGCAGUCCUCACCCCUGUGCAGGCAGUCCAGUUUGAUGGCUGAACUUGCUAAAAAGGACGUUGGCAGGCAUGCUGAAGGCGGCUAUCAAGCGCAUGCUUACAUUGCGCAUAGAGUGCGGCUGUGUCUGUGCAUAGAGCGCGUGGCAGGAGACGGCUGAGUCUGCAGCAGAGCUUUGGUCUCUGCCACCCUCACUGCUCCCUAGAAAGUCUAGAAAUUGUUCUCUGUUGGCAAAUGGAAAGUGAUGUUGGGAAAGAGAGUUCUGAAAAGCCAGAGAUGGCUGAAGUCAGAGGAGGUGAUGGGAAGGUGAACAGUCUAGACCAGCCUUCCCCAAACUGGCACCCACAGUGCAGCUGGGGGAUUAUAGGAUCUGUAGGCCAACACAGUUGAAGGGUGCCAGUUUAGGGAAAGCUGAGCUACAAACAAGAUGGCUUAAGGUGAGGAAAAACGGGGAGACCUGGACUUCCCUUGUGCUUGGCUAGGAAGGGUGCUAAAGUAAGGUGGCCAUCUGAAAAGGAGGACGGGGCUCCUGUACCUUUAACUGGUAUAGAAAAGGGAGUGUCAGCUGGUGUCAUUUGUAUGCAUGCAACACCUGGUGAAAUUCCCUCUUCAUCACAACAGAUGAAACCUCUCUAGAGAAAUGAGGCAAGAGGGCCUGUAGCUGUUGGCUUUGCUCUGCUAGCAAAGUGGCAUCCAGGGAUGACCAGAGAGCAAAAGUGGAUGAAGUGGGAGAACCCUCGGAAGUCUUGGACUUGCCAAGGACUCCCCAAGUGCAGGGACUUCAUCAAGGGAGAGAGAGACGGUUGUGUGCUGGGGUGGGGAGACCCCACCAAGGUUGAUGGGAGGUGGUUGGAAAGGGCUCCCUUCCUGCCUCUCCCCAUAGGUCAGCUACUCCUUUCUAAGGCAUGCAGAGAGCAGGCAGCACAGAAGCCUUGGAGCAAUACUUUGCCAAAGGCCUUGAGAAAGCACAAGUCCUGCUGCUGCUGCUGCUGCGCUUCCCACCCCACCCCGACCCCGACCAAAGCACAGCAGGGCCAGAGGUCGUUGUACAUAGUGCCACAGCAAAGCCCCCGCCACACCCAGUCACAUGUGCGUGUCUGUAUUGUCACAUUGUAACCUUCCUCUUAUUCAGUCAAGAGAAAUAACAAUUUAGUUCUAAUGUAACCGCCCUCCUGUGGCUUCCAUGCCUCCCUGUCAUGACCAGAAACGACAGUGACAAUACGUGACAAAUGUUUUCAUUUUGCUUAUUUUAUUUUUUGUACAGAGAAAAAACCUCCCUUUAAAAUGUCUUUCAACUGACGUAACUAUUCUGGUGCUGUUAACUUGUUCCUCUAUUUUUUUUUCUAAUUUAUUUUCCCACGCCUUCUUUCUUAAAAAUGAUUACCCUACCCCUUCUUCCUUCAUUUAAGAUAGUCACUGCUACAAGUAACGAAUGCACUGUGAAGAUUCCAGUAUUAAUAAAAGUUGUACUGU